AUGUACAAUAUAGAACGUAUCAUUUUAAAUGCGGUAUAUGAUUAUCGAGAGCAUUAUUCGUCUUCGGAGACUGUAAAACGUUUACCUUCGAUAACUCACGAUUACACCGUCCGAACACGCGUUUCGAUAACCAAAUUAUCGUCUUCAGAGACUGUAAAACGUUUACCUUCGAUAACUCACGAUUACACCGUCCGAACACGCGUUUCGAUAACCAAAUUAUCGUCUUCGGAGACUGUAAAACGUUUACCUUCGAUAACUCACGAUUACACCGUCCGAACACGCGUUUCGAUAACCAAAUUAUCGUCUUCGGAGACUGUAAAACGUUUACCUUCGAUAACUCACGAUUACACCGUCCGAACACGCGUUUCGAUAACCAAAUUAUCGUCUUCGGAGACUGUAAAACGUUUACCUUCGAUAACUCACGAUUACACCGUCCGAACACGCGUUUCGAUAACCAAAUUAUCGUCUUCGGAGACUGUAAAACGUUUACCUUCGAUAACUCACGAUUACACCGUCCGAACACGCGUUUCGAUAACCAAAUUAUCGUCUUCGGAGACUGUAAAACGUUUACCUUCGAUAACUCACGAUUACACCGUCCGAACACGCGUUUCGAUAACCAAAUUAUCGUCUUCAGAGACUGUAAAACGUUUACCUUCGAUAACUCACGAUUACACCGUUCGAACACGCGUUUCGAUAACCAAAUUAUUCGUCUUCGGGGACUAA